AAGUGUUUGUCAGACUACAAUACGUUUAUUAAUGAGCAUCGAGUGUGAAGAUCACCACUUCAAGGGCAGACACGGCUAUAUGUAAUAUUUAGCAACGUAAGAAUGUCAAUAAUGAUACUGAUUUCAUACUCUUCGUCGCCGAAAUGGAAAAAUAAAAACGUGCGAGCUAGCUGAGAAAUGGGAAACGGGUAGACACGUUCUGGUAGACUAACUUCGUAAAGUUUCAGAAUCAAGGCAUUUUUGUUGUAAGAUAAGAAAAGGAUGGCGGUGGACUUUGUUGAAAUGGAAAACGUAGGGACAGAAAAUCUCUCGUUCAAUUCAAGGCAAUUUCAGAUCAUUCGCUUUUUUCUGCGCCUUCUUUCAUUGUGGCGACCAGCAUCAGCUAGUUUUGUGGAAUGCUAUGUGUAUCCGAUGCUUGUUAAUCUGCUCCUUAUAACGACUGGACCGAUACGCAAUUUACUUCGGACAUUAAAAGAACCAUCAUGGCCAAACGUGGAGAUAGUGUUUAUGGGUCAUGAGAUAGCAGUAUGGCUUGGUCACAUCCUGGGCAACCGCUAUUUUUCCACACGAGACCUUGAAACAAAUGUAUUAAAGCCAAAAAACGUCUUGUUGGUUGAAGUGCAGAAACCUUUAUAUCGCAUGAUCAAGAGACUUAACAUCGCCGUUGUGUUUUCCACAACAUUUUUCACAAUAAUGCUGUGGACACUGUUCUAUACAACACGAACUCUUUCUGUAAAAGGCGAUGAAAGAUUUUCUUCGCAGACACCUCACAUACACGGCGUUAUGGACCGUAUCUUGUAUGCCUUAGUUCCAUUUUUAAUUUUCUACGAUCUUGGCAUUGGCUUGGCUUUAUCAUGGACGUUAGGACUUUUAUAUUGUUCUUAUGCAGCACGCUUAAAAAUACUGGAAAAUGUCUUUUUGAAGUGGAAGGACUCAGCAGAUAACGCAGUUUCGCUGUUUAUUCAUGUAUAUGCCCAUCCAGUACAACGUUCCUGGAAACGAAUCUCGCUAUGGUUCCUCGUCCAUAACAUUGUCGUGCUAGUUUUACCGUUGUACGGCUAUAGUUUGGCUCAAGCUAUUACAGGACGUGCUUAUCAUUCGAAACAUCUUCCUGAAUUCAUCUGUUACUUUGUAUUUACCAUGACAAUUUGGCUCACACCAAUCUUUAUUGGACAGCUUUUCAAGAGCCGCGAAUGUAAAUUUUCGGAAAGAAUAAACAAUAUAUCACCAUGGUUACUUGAAGUCCAUGAACACGAUGUACCACGUGUGACGGCCAAUUGUGGAACAAAGAUUUGCAACGACUUUCAAUCUUCAUCAAGUCAUGAAAACACCAAGGGAAAUUUGCAGAAUAACAAUGAUUGUGCCACCACCUCAACUGAUAACGUCGCUAAUUAUGACGAGUACACUUUUGUAAAACGCGGAAAAGAAUUCCAGAAUUUUCGACGCUUCUUGAAAGGUCGCACGUUGGGCCUGGUAUCAUAUGGCUAUGCCGUGCAAUUGAAUUUAUCGUUGGUUUCUUUCAUUGGUGCAGUGAUAUCUUUCAUCUUGCAAAUAAAUCACUGGAAAAGUGGUGAAAUGACGCGCAAUAUUGGCAAUUGCACCGCUUAACAUGGAUAUUGCACAAUUUGAGAAAGAUGUUACACAGUUUGGACAUAGAUGUUACACCAUAUAAGAUUGAUGUUGCACCAUUAGAGAUAGAUUAUGCACCCUUUGACAUAGAUGUUGCACCAUUUGAGAUAAAUUUUGCACCAUUUUAACACAGAUGUUACACCAUUAGAGGUAGAUGUUACACCUUUUGACAUAGAUGUUGCACCAUUUGAGAUAAAUCUUGCACCAUUUUAACACAGAUGUUACCAUUAGAGGUAGAUGUUAUACCUUUUGACAUAGAUGUUGCACCAUUCUAGAUAAAUCUUGCACCAUUUUAACAUGGAUGUUGCACCAAUUCAACACAAUUAUAUGUCGUACUGUUUAACAUAGAAGUUAAACCAUUUUAAUGAUAUUCGUACCAUUUGAUGAAACUGCACCAUUUGAUAUAAAUAUGGCAAUAUUUAAAGCUGCACCAUUCAACAUAAGCCUUGCAUUAACACGCCCUAUUCGUUGUAGCAUUAAUAUAAAAACUCGAGCUUGUGCUUCAACUUUCCGAUAAUUUAAAACCAUUUAUUUGAUAGAAAAAUACUCGCAGGUUUGGUGUAACUAUUAUAUUCACAUUUUCUGCAUAAAUUUACAUAUAUUGGACUGUAUGCAGGCCUUACAUUGUUUGUUGAGUAAUAUCGUAUUAAAACAAAGCAAUAAAGAGUAGGUGCACUUCGCUGAGCAUUGUUACUGGAUGUGGUUGGCCAUUUCAAAUACCAUGUAAUAUAUUUUAGAACAGCACUAAAAUUUUAGGUUUUAUAAUUUAUCUAAAUGCACACUUAGACUCCUAUAUUUCUUGUCAUUGUUGUGACAGAUCUCAUAAUCGUAAUAAAUGAUCGGAAACACGAA